GUGCAGGACCCAGAGCCCAGGCUGCUCUGAAACGGUUCACUCUGGCCUUAACUAGCCUUGAGCAAACUGGUGCCUCACAAAUAGUAUUUUCUGUUUGCAGUGUCUGGGAAAGUUUGGGAUAAGCCACCCUUCCUUGGGGAAGAGUCAUUAUAGUGGAGAAAAUAUUCUUUUCUUGUGGAGACUGGAAUGGAAAUCCUGUCUGCUUAGCGAAAUGUAAGGAAUGAGGCAAUGCUCAUCCUUCCCAGGAACAGGUUGUCUCCUCACUAGACUAUGAGCUCCUUGAAAGAAGGAAUCGUGUCUUACUCAUCUUUCUGUCUCCAGUAUCUAGAACAGUUCCUGGUACAAAGUUUAAGCUGAAUUUUGGGACAUGGCCACUGCUUCACCAAGGUCUGAUACUAGUAAUAAUGACAGUGGAAGGUUACAGUUACAGGUAACUGUUUCUAGUGCCAAACUAAAAAGAAAAAAGAACUGGUUUGGAACAGCAAUAUAUACAGAAGUAGUUGUAGAUGGAGAAAGUAAGAAAACAGCAAAAUCCAGUAGUUCUUCUAAUCCAAAAUGGGAUGAACAGCUAACUGUAAAUGUGACCCCACAGACUACAUUGGAAUUUCGAGUUUGGAGUCAUCACACUUUAAAAGCAGAUGCUUUAUUAGGAAGAGCAACAAUAGAUUUGAAACAAGCUCUGUUAAUACACAAUAGAAAAUUGGAAAGAGUGAAAGAACAAUUAAAACUUUCCUUGGAAACCAAGAAUGGUGUUGUGCAAACUGGUGAAUUAACAGUUGUGCUUGAUGGACUGGUGAUUGAGCAAGAAAAUAGAACAAACUGCAGCUCAUCCCCAACCAUGGAAAUACAGCAAAAUGGUGAUGCCUUACAUGAAAAUGGAGACCCUUCGGCAAGGACAACCACCAGGUUGGCUGCUGAAGGUACUAAUGGAAUAGAUAAUCACGUACCUACAAACACUGUAGUACAAAACUCAUGCUGUUCAUAUGUAAUUAAUGGAGACAACACACCUUCAUCUCCAUCUCAGGUUGCUGCCAGACCCCAAAACACACCAGCUCCAAAACCACUCACAUCUGAGCCUGCCAAUGACACUGUUAAUGGAGAAUCAUCCUCAUCUGCACCAACUGAUAAUGCUUCCACCACGGGUACUGCAAUAGUAUCUGGAGAAACCGCCUUGUCUUCAAAUUGCACUAGUACUACUGUCGAAGAUCCUCCAGUUCAAGAAAUACUGACCUCCUCAGAAAACAAUGAAUGUAUUCUUUCUAACAGUGCAGCAUUUGGGUCUGAAGCUAGAAGUACAUUAGAUCCUUCUACCUCCAGUUCUGGAAGUAGCUCUGCCUUCGAAGCAGCCAAAUUAAGACAGCCAGAUGUCUGUGUGGAACCUGUCCGGCAGCAGUCUGGAAAUGCCAACACAGAAACUCUGCCAUCGGGGUGGGAACAGAGAAAAGAUCCUCAUGGUAGAACCUAUUAUGUGGAUCAUAACACUCGAACGACCACAUGGGAGAGGCCACAACCUUUACCUCCAGGUUGGGAAAGAAGAGUUGAUGAUCGGGGAAGAGUUUAUUAUGUAGAUCAUAACACCAGGACAACAACCUGGCAGCGGCCUACCAUGGAAUCUGUGCGGAAUUUUGAACAGUGGCAGUCUCAGCGGAACCAACUGCAGGGAGCUAUGCAACAGUUCAACCAACGAUACCUCUACUCGGCUUCAAUGUUAGCUGCAGAAAAUGACCCAUAUGGGCCUUUGCCACCAGGCUGGGAAAAAAGAGUGGAUUCAACAGAUAGAGUUUACUUUGUGAAUCAUAACACAAAAACAACCCAGUGGGAGGAUCCCAGAACUCAAGGCCUACAGAAUGAAGAACCCCUGCCAGAAGGCUGGGAAAUUAGGUAUACCCGGGAAGGCGUUAGGUACUUUGUUGAUCAUAACACAAGAACAACAACAUUCAAAGAUCCUCGCAAUGGGAAGUCAUCUGUAACUAAAGGUGGUCCACAGAUUGCUUAUGAACGCAGCUUUAGGUGGAAACUUGCUCACUUCCGUUAUUUGUGCCAGUCUAAUGCACUACCCAGUCAUGUAAAGAUCAAUGUGUCCCGGCAGACAUUGUUCGAAGAUUCCUUUCAACAGAUUAUGGCAUUAAAACCCUAUGACUUGAGGAGGCGAUUAUAUGUAAUAUUUAGAGGAGAAGAAGGACUUGAUUAUGGUGGUCUAGCAAGAGAAUGGUUUUUCUUGCUUUCACAUGAAGUUUUGAACCCCAUGUAUUGCUUGUUUGAGUAUGCUGGCAAGAACAACUACUGUCUGCAGAUAAAUCCAGCAUCAACCAUUAAUCCAGACCAUCUUUCAUACUUUUGUUUCAUUGGUCGCUUUAUUGCUAUGGCACUUUUUCAUGGAAAGUUCAUUGAUACUGGUUUCUCUUUACCCUUCUACAAGCGUAUGCUAAGUAAAAAACUGACUAUUAAGGAUUUGGAAUCUAUUGAUACUGAAUUUUAUAACUCCCUUAUCUGGAUAAGAGACAACAAUAUUGAAGAAUGUGGCUUAGAAAUGUACUUUUCUGUUGACAUGGAGAUUUUGGGAAAAGUUACUUCACAUGACCUGAAGUUGGGAGGUUCCAAUAUCCUGGUGACGGAGGAGAAUAAAGAUGAAUAUAUUGGUUUAAUGACAGAGUGGCGUUUUUCUCGAGGAGUACAAGAACAGACCAAAGCUUUCCUGGAUGGUUUUAAUGAGGUUGUUCCCCUUCAGUGGCUGCAGUACUUUGAUGAAAAAGAAUUGGAGGUCAUGUUGUGUGGCAUGCAGGAGGUUGACUUAGCAGAUUGGCAGAGAAACACGGUGUAUCGACAUUAUACCAGAAACAGCAAGCAGAUCAUCUGGUUUUGGCAGUUUGUGAAAGAGACAGACAAUGAAGUAAGAAUGCGACUACUGCAGUUUGUCACUGGAACCUGCCGUUUACCUCUAGGAGGAUUUGCUGAGCUCAUGGGAAGUAAUGGGCCUCAAAAAUUUUGCAUUGAAAAAGUCGGCAAAGAUACCUGGUUACCAAGAAGCCACACAUGUUUUAAUCGCUUGGAUCUACCACCAUAUAAGAGUUAUGAACAACUAAAGGAAAAACUUCUUUUUGCAAUAGAAGAGACAGAGGGAUUUGGACAAGAAUGAAUGUGGCUUCUUGUCUUGGAGGAGCUCUUGCAUUUAAAUACCCCAGCCAAGAAAAGUUGCACAGAUAGUGUAUAUAAGCUGUUCAUUCUGUACAGUGAAUUUUCUGAACCCCUCAAAGUAUAAAUGUUUUCCGUUCUUCCACAGAAAUAUGCAAAACAGUUCAUCCUUUUCUACUUUAUUUAUUGUUCCCUUGAAGUGACUGACUAGGAAAAAAAUCAUCCUUAAAUUUUGAAGUUGAAGCAAGCAAGAGACUUUAUUAAAAAUAAGUAUAUAUCUAUAUAAGCAUAUAUGAUAGUGGCUCUAGUUUUAUAGAGCUCAGAGUGUAUUAAACAUGACAGCCGUUCAUUCAAAAAUAAUCUGGAUUUGCUUUACCUUGUUUCUGUUAUCCAGGGGAAGAAGUACAAAUUACUCCAUGUUUUUUUUCCCUUUGUAACACCUCUUGAGGGUGUUUUGUUGCAUGGCUGUUCAGGAAGGUAUUAAGGGCUUAGGCCAAAAUCUUACUUUGAAUAUGUUAAAAAAUGCUGCUGGCUUUUCUUAAGAUGGGUGCUUGAACCUGUCAGUUUGUUUUAAAUAAAUACAGUAGUUGAAAA